GACAAGUAUAUAGCUUUUGCCUCUCCAGAUAGGCCAGGAAUAGACGUGGAGGACAGAGACACUGACUAGCACUGUUCCUAGGUCACCUUUCCUCUGUUACUACCAUGAAGUUGCUUGCAAUCACUGUGCUGCUCCUGGCUGUCUGUAGCCUUGAAGGGGCUAUGGUUCGGAGACAAGCAGAGGAGACCAGUCUGCAGAGCCUGUUCACCCAUUACCUCCAGACCAUGACCAACUAUGGCAAGGACCUGGUGGAGAAGGCCAAGGGCACAGAGCUUCAGGCCCAAGCCCGGGCUUACAUUGAAAAGACACAUGAACAGCUGACACCCCUGGUCAAGAAGGCUGGAGCUGAUCUGUUUACCUUCUUUAGCAGUUUCAUGGAGCCAAAAAAACCAGAGCCUGUCACCCAGUGAGACAUCCAGAUUCUUGUCUUUCAAUUCUAGAAUACCUACUGGCCAGGCCUAGAGCCCUCCUCCCUCCCUACUCCCCAUUUUCUACAAUAAAUGCGGAAGGA